UGCACGGGGCAGAGGGACCGGCACCCUGGCUCGGCUCAGUGUGCACAGAGGGGCUGUGGCAGAAGAAGGGCUCGGAGCAGGCUCUGCCGCUCAGAUCACCAUGUACAGCUUCAUGGGUGGCGGCCUCUUCUGUGCGUGGGUGGGGACCAUCCUCCUGGUGGUGGCCACGGCAACAGAUCACUGGAUGCAGUACCGGCUGUCAGGGUCCUUCGCCCACCAGGGCCUGUGGCGAUACUGCCUGGGCAACAAGUGUUACCUGCAGACGGAGAGCAUCGCCUACUGGAAUGCCACCCGGGCCUUCAUGAUCCUCUCUGCGCUGUGCGCCACCUCCGGCAUCGUCAUGGGCAUCCUGGCCUUCGCGCAGCAAUCCGCCUUCACCCGCCUGUCCCGACCCUUCUCGGCGGGCAUCAUGUUUUUCGCCUCCACCCUCUUCGUGCUGUUGGCCUUGGCCAUUUACACGGGAGUCACGGUCAGCUUCCUAGGACGCCGCUUUGGGGACUGGCGCUUCUCCUGGUCGUACAUCCUGGGCUGGGUGGCCCUGCUCAUGACCUUCUUUGCAGGGAUCUUCUACAUGUGUGCCUACCGCAUGCACGAGUGCCGGCGCCUGUCCACGCCCCGCUGAGCCCGACGGCUGCCCAGUUAAAAUGAGGUCGCUGGAGAGGAGGGGGGUCUGGGGACCUGAAAUCCUGGUUCCUGGGGGGAUGAGGGAAGUUAGUCCCAGACUGUGGGCAGGGGCCCCUGACUCCUGUGUCCUGAGGAGGAAGGAGAAAGAACAGGGUCUGGUGGCAGGGAGUGGAGGAGACCCAGGUCCCAACCUGCCAGGCGGUUGUUAGAGAAACAGAACAUGCUUUAG